AAAAGUGGUAUAGGAGGAAAAAUGAAAUUUCUGUCCACCAUUAUCCUGUUGACUGUGGCUGUAGCCAUGGCUGAUCGUGACGAGGAUGCCUGGAACUUUUACAAGUUCCAAUUCGGCAAGGCUCAUUCGCCACAGGAAGAUGCCAUCAGAAAACAGAAUUUCCUUGCUAGGGACAGAGUUAUUGAAAAACAUAACCGAGAAAACAAGGAGUGGCAGAUGGCACACAACAAAUUCUCUGACAUGUCUGAAGAAGAGAAACUAAGUGUGCUCGGAGCCAAACCGACUAUUCGUCGCGAGAGGUCUGUCACUGGUGUUUCUUACCCCGUUAUGGAUCGUCAAUUGCCAGCUUCUAUUGAUUACCGUACCGACAAAUGCAUGCAACCAGUCAAGGAUCAAGGCAGCUGCGGAAGUUGUUGGUCAUUUGCCACCGUGGUUCCUAUAGAAUUCAAUUCAUGCAAGAAAACUGGCACAGCAGUCGCAUUCAGCGAGCAAAUGUUGGUCGACUGCGAUCCUUACGAUCAUGGUUGCAAUGGUGGAAUGUACACGAACGCUUGGAAGUACAUCAGUGAGAAGGGAGGUAUCAUGAAAAGUUCUGCAUACACCUACACAUCUGGAUCUACUGGACUUGCAGGCACUACGUGCAAGUUCAACAGCACUGCAGUAGGCGCUAAAGUUACGGCUUUCGACUGGACUAUGCCCUACCCUAAUGCAACUGUAUCCAUGAAUUUUCUUCAAGCUGAAGGACCACUUCCCAGUGCUAUUAAGAUCCUCAAAUCCUUCUACAAUUAUGCUUCUGGGGUGUAUAGCGAUCCCGCUUGCAUCGUUACUGACGAGAAUGAUGUCGAUCACGCCAUUACGAUCGUCGGUUAUGGUACAACCACGGCCACUUCAAACCCCGCUACUCCAUACUGGAUUGUCCGUAAUUCUUGGGGUACUGGCUGGGGUCUGUCUGGUUACUUCAUGAUUAAGAGAGGCGUUAAUAUGUGCAACAUUGAAUCAUGGACUGCUUACGUUCGUGUUGCGUAAAUACUUUCGUCUUCUACGAAUAAGCAAAUGCUUCUGCGUUUGUCAUUUAACAGAAAUGUUUUGAAGGUCAUAAGCAGAAUAUAUUACAAUACGGUAGAUGGAAUUAA